AAUUUCGCUUUCGUUCACUCGCGGUUAUUAGUCGGCCGCGCGCGCUCCGGCAAGCAUGUGUCUCGCGUGACGCGUUUUAGUACUUCGCCGCGGCACGUUCGAUUUCGUUGGCGAGUCGGUCGUGAUCAGACAUGGCUCCGCGACGGCAAGGCGCGACCGGCGAACGUGAAGCCGAAGACAUUCACGGGUGCUGCGUUCCCGGUGAAUGCCUCCGCCCCCGGGAACCCGUACGCAUCGAGGACGCUAUCCGCGUGCUAUGCAACAACGACACGUGUGCCGUCGGUCGGUACAUGCACAGAGAAUGCUUCGAGCAAUGGGAGGGCGGGGUGCUCGCUUAUCUAAAGUCCUGCGGCCGCGCAAGAUCGUGGUCUGAAAGGCAAAGACAUCAGAAUUUAUGGACGAAGAAGGGCUAUGACUUGGCUUUCAAGGCGUGUGGCUGUCGUUGCGGUCGUGGUCACCUAAAGAAAGACUUAGAUUGGACACCACCAGGAGCCGCUGUAAGAGCUGACGAUGAAAAAAAGAAGCGGAGGCGAGCGAGAUCUGGUCGGACGCCGGCGGCUGUAGAUGCCCGCAGCAGGGCUUUCAGUUUAUCAAGUUCUGGGUCCUGUUCUCCACCAUCUGCACCUUCAGAGCCAUCAGCUAGCCCAACACAUGCUGCACCUCACUCAAUGACCCCGGCGAAGAGGAAUUCUAAACCUGAAAUAGUUUCCGAUAGAAUCAGAGCUGGUGCUGGAGCAAAUGGAAUAUUUUCAAGACGGCUGGACUUCUCAACGUUCAAUCUUCUGCCGAAGCAUAAAGUCAACUCAUAUCAAAUCAAGAUUGAAGACGAGGGCAACCACGGCAAUGACGACACUCGUCUGUUCAUCCUAUCGACGCUCGCAGGUCAACACAAACCCCGUGUUUCUUGUGCUCUGUGCAAGGAGACCCUGCAUGUUUUCGACCGUUACCCACUGGUUGAUGGAACUUUCUUCCUGAGUCCUCGACAACAUACCAGCAGCGCAGUUGAGGUGAAAGUGGAAGGCCGAACGCAAUACCUGACGUGCGUGUGCAUGGGGUGCUUAGAGCGAUGUGAUCCUGAUCGCACGAUUCGCUGCCGUUUUUGCGGACAGAAAUGGGAUGGUUCGUCACUUGUGCUUGGUACCAUGUACUCUUAUGACAUUUUCAUGGCAACGCCUUGUUGCGCUGAGAGAUUGAAGUGUAACAACUGCUACAAGCCACUGCUGCACCCACACCAGCGGCUCAAUUACUCGGAUUACUCCCAUCCAGUGACAUGCCCACAUUGUCGUGUAGUCGAUACACACUUCGUGAAACCGCUGUCCUACUGUUUCACAAAACGGGUUUUUCCGCUGUUCCAGCAGUGGCCAUAACAAACGGCGGUGCCGGGGCCCUCCCCCGGCACCCCCCCAGAAACGUGGGGUCUUGCACCGUCUCCUUCGCGACGGGCUUCCCCACCUGCGUUGCGCCCAGUCGUCAAUACAAGCAUGGCAUCACGCGCGCCUGAACCAACCGAUGAAUCUGCUAAGUUCCUCACACCGACCUUGGCGAGCAUAACUGAGUCGCUGUCCUUGCUCGGUCUGAGCCCCGAAACUCUCGCAAUAAGCCUCGGCGAGUCACUUGCGGAACGAUAUCUGGCAACACUUCGGCCCAAACCCGUGGAAAGGCCGAUGGUACCUCUGAGCACGUGCAGCGCCCCGCGCCGCAUCCCCGUCGCCGAGCCGUCGAACCUGCAACUGUUCUCCAACGACUUCAUCGACUACCUUAACCAAAUCGCGUAAAUUGUGUUUGUGUGACUUCGGACGUAAUGACAUUUUGGACUUUUACGUGUCCUCCUUGAGGCGCUAGGAAUAAUUUUUGUUAAAAUUAAGUUGGUAUUAUUGAAAAUAAUUUUAUGUAUCGGUUUAGAUCAUAUUAUUGAUUUUAUUUUAAUUUUAUUCUGCACUUUGUUAAUUAAAAUAGGUAGAAGUUGAUUUUAUCAAAAAUAUUAAUGAUUAGUGACGCCAGAAAUUGCAUUUUUUUGUUUUCGAUUGAACAUCAAACUUGGUGUAUUUCUUCUGAAGGAUACAAAAAAAAUAGUUUUCUUUUACGAUUACUUUCAAUUUCAGUGAUACUGAUAUAAUAACCCUAUUUAAUAGGGCGUUUGAGUGGUGUGUUGUUUAGUUCAAUUUAGUUUAUUAGUUAUGUUUUAUUUUAGCAAAAUUUUAAACUUAACAAUAAGUGUUAUACAAUAUUUUCGUAGAUUUAUGGCUAUUUUUCUUUCCUCCCACCAAAUGGCAAUUGCAUUCUGCAAAAGCGUUGCAGAUGCCUUUUUAGGUUAUUUUCUUCGAUAUCAUUUUGAUUAACUUACAAAUAUAAUUUUCACUUAAAAAUGGUAAAGGAAUAUAAUUGUAAGUGAUUGCUGUGUCACCAAUAAUAUGAUUAGCUUGUCUAUAUAUAUAUUACAUUAUCAUUGUAAGAUUAUGUAUGAGUAUUUUUUUUUUUUUAUAAAAAAUUCAGUGAUCAGCGGAGUUCUAUGGAAAAAAAAUAUUUUUUAUUUAAAUAUAGUUUUUUGGAAUCGUGCCAUAUCAAAUGAAAGAACCUCAGUAUAUGGAACAGAAAUUAUUUUGUAAGAUAAAAAUAUCCGCUUAUCACUGAAAGCAUUUAUUUAUACGAAAAGAGUGGUACUUUUGUUAUUGAGAUGAAAAUUAAAUUGGCUACGUCUAUAGGUUUAGGUUAGGGGUUUUCUUAUAAUUAUCAUGAAUGUCUAUUUAUUUGUAAGAAUAGCGCUUGGACAUUGAAUAAGCGUAUAAGUGAUGCACAUUUACUCAUUAAUGUUUAACGUUAACGUUUUAGGUAAGUUUUUGAUACAUUUGAUACUUAUUACUCGCAAAAGUGAUUAAAAGUGAUAAAAUUCCUAGUACUAGUGCGUGUUUAGUAAAUAGCGGAUAGAGACCAAGUGGUGCGGAUAGGUAGGCGCUUAAGGGUGGACGCUCACUGGCGAUCUGUAAGUAAUUUACUAUUUAAAAACUAAAAUUACAAUUUACGAAGAAAAUAACGAUAUCCAUUUGUUCUGUCAACGGUACUUGAUAUUCUCUGUGUUUGACUACACUACAUCUAACAUCUAACAUAGCGAUUGACGCUUAUGCACUCUACAGUUAAUAUAUAUAGAACUGUUUUCACUUUGAAGUCUAUUGCAAUCGAAAUUAUCUUCUAGUUAUUCAUGUUGACUACUAUUGAUUACGCACACGAAACAACGACUGAUCGAUUGAAAAUAAACGCGAGUCAGCAUCUACGAUGUAUUUUUGAUAUAAAUUACAGAUUAUAAAUGGUCUUACAGCUCGCAAGUGAGCACUCGACUGAAAAUAGCUUGUUUAAAAAAAAAAUUAGAUAACGUGAUAUCCGUGAACGGUCCAUGUUCACUAUGUAGGCAAUAAUUCUAUGAAGACUUGAAAAUUUUUAUAGGUGAAAAUAUUUGCAUUAUUCUAAAAAAUCAAAACUGCCAUUUAUAUUUUACUAAACUAAUUGCUUCGGUUCCAUAACUUAGUACGUAUACUAGGUUUUGAAAUAUUUCUACGUGGACUGAAUACGAGUUUGUUCAUACGUGUUGCGUAGUUAGUAGAGCCUUAGGAUCAUCACCUAUCGAUCUUCAUCUUGCCAUCAUCCGCAUCACUGCACCUCAUCAAUCGUCAUUUUUGUCACCUGACACGGUUUGAUUGGCGGCGAACUGGCGUACUAUUUUCCGUUCGUUAUAUUUAUAAAGUAAAAUAUUCGUUUUCUAUCUUAUUUAUAAUAGCUAUUGGACCAAAUAAAUAUAUGACCAAAUACUUCACGUUGGAGGAAAGCAUUGGUUUACUAAUGGCUUAAAAUAUAUUAUAUUUAUGAUUUUUUUUACCAAAAGUCCUUUGAAGUUUUGUUAGUUUUUUUCGAUUUUUUUUUUUAAAUAGGAUCGUAGUAGCCAGUUCGUCGAGUGUGAUUGUUCUUAUAAUACCUCUCUAAACGUUUUUUAAAUUUUGUAUCCUCUCGCUUAAAGUUACUCUAUGGUCGAGAAUAUAAUAUUAUAUAUCGAAAAGUAUGGUAGCACAGUAUAGUAUUGUAAAUAUUGCCGUUUUUCUACACGCAGAUGCUUACAAAGUGUUUAUUGAGAUAUAUUAUUGCAUAUUUCUAGUUUAGCCAUUAAUCGAUAGUACAUUAUGUCAACAAUAUCAAAAAAAAACCCUAAUUAUUUUUAACGAAUCCACCGAAAUGUAAUGUCAUAACAUAUGUUAAUCAAUUUUAAUUUUAUCGAAGUUUGCUCGUUCGAAUAUAGAAUUAUAUUUAAAAGUUUAAUGUACAUUUAAAAUAAAUGUAUGUACCCAAUAAAAAAAAAUAUUUGAAAAAUUAAAAAAAAAAUAUGACGAGCUGUUGUUGGUAUAUUUAGGAAAAUAUUAAAAAAAAAAAAGAACCAGAUCAUCUGAUGGUGGCCAUGUACAAAUAAAAGUGAAAUGACAUUACGUUUCGGUUAUUUAGCGAAAGCGACACAAAUUUUAGAAUCAUAUUGUUUAAUAGUCAAUACAGAGCCAUCUAGUGUAGAUGUAUUAUCAUAGGAAAGGAAUAUAAUGAGGCGAAGCAGCAUCCCCUCUCUCCGGUACAAAUUCAAAGUAAUUACGAUAUAUUGAAAAUUAAUAUCCACUUUUACGAGUUUAUUAAAGUCCUCCAAAACAGAAAGGAUCUUUUAAAUAUUUUAUAAAGUGUAACAUUACCUCUCUAGAUACUAAAAUAGAAAAUUUUAUAAGUAUAUUGAUCAGAAGGCUCCUUAAAUAAAAAUACGUUUCAAAGCUAUCCUUUAUAUUUAAGAUGUAAUACAUAAAAUACGACUAGUACUUUUAGUUGCAGAGUACAAAAAGUAAAGGAAAGCGUAUUUUAAUGAUUGCCUACUAAAUCUUAAAUCUUCCUCUGUUAUCAAUUAAAAAAAAUAUUAUUUUACCCCUUUUUAAAGUUCGUUCGUAAUUGUAGAAUAACUUAUUUAACCUUUUAACUUGAAUUGUCUAUGAAUAAUUUAAUCUUUAUAUCGUUAAGAAUUUUCCUAUGUCGAAUAUAUAUCUUAUUCCCACUUAAUCAGAAGGUUCUAACAGUGGCAUUACCAAAGCUCCUUUAAAGGUAAUACGGAAAGGAUAAUGAACAAAUCCAAUACGAAACAUAAGGUUGUAUAGAUAUAGGUAGGAGUGACAUAAGAGUUCGACAUUUCCUACGUAAUUAAUGCAACUGAAACAUAAUUGUAGUAUGUGUUUGAUUAUUCAUAUUUUAGUCACUUAGUUAUUUGUUCAGUUUGAAUAAAUGUAUUAAUUACACAAACGUUGCCAACUUCUUAGUUUAUUUGCACAUAUUUGUUAAAUUUUUGUAAUUAAUAACAAUUUAUUUAGACAUUACAUUCAAAUUUCUUCAUGUUGAAUUUAAUAUGGUGUAAUUUAGUGAAUUGCUUCAAAGUACAAAGAAACAAUUUGUUACUUUUGCAAAUUUUAUAAAGUAAAUCAAUUACAUAUAAAAAGUAACAGUGAUCUAGAUAAUCUUUACGAAAUAGUUUCUGUAAAUCCUAAACGAAACGAUCUACGUUUCUACUCACAGAAGUGACUAGCCGUUAUAAUGAUUUUAAAGAAAUUUCGUUUUACGUUGGUAAAUUAGGAGCGAAAAAUUGUUAAUUAUUAUAAAACUAUAUCUCGUAUUAGUUUAUGUACAUUUUAUUUGGUCUCGUAUUUUAUAAAAUGCUAUUAGUAUAGUACAUAGUAGGAGCACACCAUAAGUAGAUAACCAUGGACAUGACGCGGGCCGAACUAGGUUUCGUGUCUUGCUUCUCAACCUAGAUUAAUCGAACCUUAUUUCAACGGUAGUUCUCAUUUAGGGUCAUAAGUAUUUCCUUUAACGAUAAUGAGCGAAUGGGAUGCGUGUUUGUGGUCAUAAUAUAUAAAAUAAGUCAUCUCGUUUAAUUUUCAUUACUAAUUUUCACUAUCGAUUUAAGCGAGUUUUUUUAUGAAUCGUGUGCAUUCUGGUCAUAGAGCCGCGUUGGCGCGCUCAUAGUUAUUUGAAAGUAACAUAAAAAUUCGUAGAGUGACUUCAUCAUCAUCAUUCAAUUCACACUCUUUAAAACCCUGCUCCUUCACGUUUAUUCUUGCCUACAACGUAAUUGGCAUUCGUAAGUGUUCUAUUUUUGGCAAAAUAUCCAAAUAAAACAGUCCCAUAAAAAUGUGAUAGGUAAAAAGACUAUAGUCGCGCAUGCUUAACUUCGUAAAAGGUUUAAGUCUAGGUAAGCUAUUUGAUAGAAAGCAGCAACAAAAUAAUUUUUGACGCAAAUAUGAUCAAUGGAGAUUCUUUUAUACGAAAAAUUCGACUUAACUGUUAAUCAUUUACUUGACAACGUCUUACAGAAGAGCCAAUUCAUCAUCGAACCUAUGUAAAUUGCAGAUCUGAAAAUAAUAUUUGUAGACUCCAUUGGUCCGCCAUAUUGUCAACAAGGCACCCAAUGAUAACCGGCGCCUGCAAUAAACGCUCAAAAUUCUCCAACGCAUUGGCUGAUUAUAGUAUACGGCUGUUAUUGGUUAGUGAAAGAUGCAAAUCAACGUGGUAAUUUAUAUUUUGAUAUUCGAUGUUUUCUACACUAAUGUAGUUGUAUGUAUUGACAUUUUGUAUUAACUUUUGUAGUUUAGGGCUUAAACAUCGCGUUCCAUCGCAUUUAUCAAUUUGAGUGACGUAGUAUCGACUUGACAUUGAUACAUUUUCAAUAACAUGAGGUAAAUUUUAUCUCAAACUAAGAAAUGCGAUGAGAGUGUGAAAAGUGAUAUAACAGCAUUACUGAGAUAUCCCGAGGCGGAUUUCGAUCACUUGAGAGCAAACGCACAACCGAAAGACUGCCUAGACGAUAAUAUACUUAAAAAUUAUAUCUGGCUACUGACUUUUUAUACUCUGUAUUCACAGUAACACUUCUAAUAAUAAGAAGCUUGAAAUCCUCACAACAUUGACAAUAUAUACCUAAUACAACGUAUACCUCAUUUUUGAUUUAAAUGCGUUUGCUCCGAACGGUGUCAAAUAAUAUUUCACUCCGAAUAACUAAGAUUGUGAUCCAGUCGUAAAAAUGAAAUAAAAAAAAAAAGGAAUUGUGGUAAUAAGGAUUUAAUUGGUGAUAAUCUUACGAAUUGGUUAAAGAUAAUAAUUAAGUUAUUGCGUGGCAAUUAGGCUAACGUUAACUACGUAAUGCGCGGGGUGCAUCAGGGUAUGAGUGUCAUAAUUUGUAAUAAUAAAUAUCUUUUGUACUUUCGUAAAGGUAACAAGUAAUUUAGUGAUAACAUUUUUUCUAUUAAUGUAUAAAUUCGUAAAAUAAACAUCAACUAAUGUACGUUUUUUUACUGAAAUCUUAGAUUUAGUAUUUUUAUAAGAGUAAACGAGUGUUGAACUCGUACGUGUAUCACAGCGAUAAUAGGUAUUGUGUAAGACCGCCCGUUCGUUGGAAUUUAAGAAGUUGUCUUGACCGAUGUCGCGGAGAUCGUUAUGAUUAUUCGCACUGCGGAAUAUUGAGAUUUCUUCUUGAUACGAGACUUACGGAGCGAGGUCAUUUGUGUCUAGGCUAGGCUAUCUUCACCUAACGUGUGUGUUACGAUGCUUUUUAAAAGUUAUUUUAUUUAACUUAAUUAAAACAAAAAUAUAUAUUCCAUAAAUUACGUUUUAUAUUUUUACAAAUAGAAGCCAAACUUGUUAUUUUCGCGGAUUUUUCCACAAUAUAAUUUGACUUUUAAAAGCAUCUUACUUAAAUAUAAUUUUUCAAUAUAAGAAAUGUAUGUUUGGAUGAGUGAAUAAUUUAUCGUGUUAUAAAAAUUUUCCCUUCAUUUAUAGUGUAGGUAUACUGGUUAUCUACAUACUUUAAUAUUAACAAUGGGUGUGGUCGUGUCGUAUAUGUAUUUUGAUAUGAUCUCUCGUUUACUUACAAUUUUUCUGGAAUAUGGAGAGUUGAUAAAGAUGGAUAGGAUAAGAAGCUCAGAGAAACGCCAAUUGAUUAAUUUUAAGCGUAACGGAUAAGUGCUUGGAAUACAAAUAAGAAUCGUUUUAUAAUAUUAUAUAAUAUUUAACAUAUAACAUUAAAAUUGAUAUUAUUCAUAAAAUUACUAAAUAUGUCUAUGUAUAUUUUUAUAAAAGAGCAGUCAAUGCGAAAGGAAUUGUAUUGGUGGAAUGAAAAAAUAGAAUCAUAAGCGUUUAGGAUAUUCAGUUUAUUAUAAGAGAGGUGACGUUUUGUAACAAUUCAAAUAUUGAGAAAGCUAUUGAUUUAUAAUGAUAGUGAGCGUUGUAUUGUCUAUUUUGUAAUGUUGGUAAAGCAUGAUGUAGUUUCUAAGGUUGUUUCAGAAAAUUGUAAUAAAACUAAGGAGACAAAAAAAAACAUGUUAUAUUUUAUACGGAUCCUGAUAUUCGCUCGCUGCUCGAGCGGCGGGCGUUGUGUUAAUUUACGAAUAUAGAUUGUAAGUUUACUCUUUAAAAGAGUUUUCGCAGGUAGUAGUUUUAGUAGGCUUAGUGUUUUUUAUACUGGCUUGAUGUUGUGACAUUUAUUAUUAAUAUGAUAUCGAUUUAACGCAGAACUACCGAACGAGCGGCCAACACUGAUCAAUAGCAGAAUGUGUAGUGGGUACUCGGUGAAUGGGACAUUUCGUUGAUUUUGUUUACGGACGAGCGGGCAGCAUUUCUGCAGUUGUGAUCUUUACCAAAGUGUCGCUGUUCGCAAGCAUAUCAUUUUAUUAUGACGCUAGAUACAUUUUCGGUACAAAAUUUAGCGAAGUUUUUAUUCUAUUCGAUUAAUAAUAUAUUGUUAGACAAUUCCUCGUUGUCAGCUUUGUAGUGGACAGUAAAGAAUUGACCUCAGAUUAAAUUGAAGCCGUUUCUAGUCGACUUCAUCGGCUUGCGAAUGAAUCGUUCGUCUAAUCAAUGAUGUUAGCGAGUUCAAAUUGAUCCAUUACAACUCUGGCGAUGAACCUGAAUUACUUCAGUUAUUUAGCAGAAUUAUAUUAUUGUCUAGUGUUUCCGAUUAUGUUACGUUUUAUAUUGCUUAUAUUAUAUAUUAUUGAUACAAUGUUCAUUAAGUAUUUAAUAUUCAUUUGAUGAGGACCUAGUCGAUUCUCUAUGAUAUCACAUCUCCCAAAGUACAAAUUCCUUGUUGUUUAGUCCAAUUUUGUUUGACUGUUAUUGACUGGAAAUUAUUUUAGAGAAUUCGCAUCGUCUUUCAGGUCGUGUGAAUUGUAGGUUCUAUUUACGAACCUGUAUCGGUUUUAGUAAGUCUUUGUCUAUGACAGGCGAAUGGAGUGUUUGCUCUGUUUAUUUUAAAAUAUUACUAUUGUCUCUGGCAAAGGUCUUGACAUAGAUAACGUUAACAAAUAGUUCAAAUGAACCCUUAAAAUUAUUUCAGUAGAUAUGAAUAUAACGUGCCGUGUAGGCAACUACAAAGUACCAUUACAUUAUGUUUAGCAGCUCUUAACAUAGUUUGAAUUUAGAUUAAUUUUAAUUUACCUAUUUUAGUUAUUGCACAAUUAAUAACCCAAACUUAGUUACGUUCAUUACCUUCACUAAUUCUUACUGUAUGCACACACAGGUUAAUUUUAAGAUUUGUUUAAACUUGUAAAUUUAUGUUCAGCAUUCAUAUUCGUUUUUUACUUACUAUUGUAUUUUUGUUAUACGUAAUCGCCUACUACACAUUAUCUAAUUGGAAAGCUAAUUAGUAUUCAAAUAUAUUUCAAAUGACACUAUACCUACAAUAAAACCUUUAUAAAAAUAUAAUAAAAAUUUUAAAAAUAUAA